AUGGGCCGGCGAAUACGCUACAGUCGCUGCCGCACUUCCCCGCCGUCGACACUUCUCGACUUUCUCGCCGCCCGCUUUCCUUAUCUCACACCCGCCGCGUGGGCCGCACACAUCGCCGCCGGGCAUCUCACCGUGCGGGGCAUCGCCGCUGUGGAGCCCGCACACAUUCUGCAGCAGGGCGAUGAGAUUGAGUUCAACCCGCCGCGGGAAUUGGAGCCGGUGGUGGAUGAAUAUAUAAAGAUCCCCCACAGGGAUGCGGCCGUGAUUGUCUGUGUGAAGAAUGGCAAUCUCCCUGUGGCGGAGGGAGGAAGAUACUCGGGGAAUACACUAGUGGGAGUUCUGCAGCGACGGGAUGCCGCUGAUGUUGGAAGAGAAAGUACACGUGAGGGGAAAAGAAAACGAAGUGAUGAUGGGAAUGAUGAAAGGAUAGAUCAUACAGAAGCAUCAAUGUGUUUUCCUGUUCAUCGUUUAGAUAAAGAAACAUCUGGUCUUGUCGUCUUGGCAAAGAACGCUAAUGCCGCAAGACUUUUAUCCAUGCAGUUUGAACAGCAAUCGGAAACGCUUACAACCAAAGUAUCACAACUAACAGAUAUCGAUGAUGAUGAUGAUGAUGAUGAUAAAGAAAUGAGUUUAAACACAUUUGAAGAACUUCUUACUGGAGAUAAAGUUGUUAUAAAAUCUUACAUAGCCGUUUUGGAAGGUGCACCUGCUGUGGGUGCAGUUUUUAUUGUCUGUGAUCGUAUAGGUCUUCUUUCUGAGAGUAUACCAGCUUCAUCUUCAGAGGCGCAAUAUCACACAAAAUUAAAGAAACUCAAAAUGACUUGUUUUCCUGCUAGUGUAAAGAAGAAUCCAGAACGUCAUGGACGAUCUGCCUGUUCUCGGAUUCGUAUUCUUAGUAGCGAUAAGACACUUGGUGUUUCUGUUGCCUCUGUAGAUAUUCUUACAGGAAGAACACAUCAGAUACGACUCCAUUGUGCUCAGAUAGGUUUUCCUGUUCUUGGUGAUAAAUUAUACGAGACCUCUACACCUGGUGUAGUUGGUGGAUGUCGAGCAGUUCCAGAUGAUAUCUAUCUUGAGAGAGCAAGAGAAUGUGUGAGUAUGGUAAGUACUAUUGCCCCACAACUUCGAGUAAAACGACAUCUUUUACAUGCUGCUGUUUUGGCAUUCUCUCAUCCUAUUACGAAAGAACGUUUGAUGUUUUUCUCUGAUCCACGGGAAUGGUUUCUUCGUGAUGUUUCUGAGGAAAGUACUGCGGAUAAAGAGGGUAAUAGCGCUAUUGAAGCUUUACGAGAUCUUUUGGAAAAGGCUAUGGAGUCGCCAUUCCUUCGAGAGGCACAACUUUCAAACUCCCCAUGA